GUGUGCGCUGUGUGAGUGAGAGAGAGAAGGGAUAUUCAGUGUGUGUGUGCUGUGUGUGCCAGUGAGAGAGAGGGGGCCUCUUGUGCGGUGAGAGAGGGCUGCGUUCAGGGCUGCACUCCCGGUGACUCUGCGCGUGUCCGCGUUGUUUGUUCUCAUUAUUUUUGGGGUGGUGGGGGGGGGAUUGUUUUUUUGCGGAGAAAGCGAAUACGCAAAGCAGCAACAGCAGCAACAGCAAUUAAAGAGUUCCACACGGAGCGAUUGAAGAAGGAGACGAGUCCAGCGGACGCUUGCCGAGGAGAUCAAAGCGAGCCUGGAGUCUGUGCGCUCCGUGUGGACGAGCAAGGGAGGCAGCCAGUCGUCCCGGCACACCCUCGCAGCCAUGGGCUGUACAAUGAGCAGCGAGGAUAAGGCUGCGGUGGAGAGGUCGAAGAUAAUCGACCGUAAUCUUCGGGAGGACGGGGAGAAGGCGGCGAAGGAGGUCAAACUACUCCUGCUCGGUGCCGGUGAAUCUGGCAAAAGUACCAUCGUCAAACAGAUGAAGAUUAUCCACGAAGACGGCUACACGCCCGAGGAGUGCCUGCAAUACAAGGCCGUGGUGUACAGCAACACCAUACAGUCGAUCAUCGCGAUUAUUCGCGCCAUGGGCAACCUCCGCAUCGAGUUUUCCGACAUGAGCCGAGCGGACGAUGCGCGGCAGCUGUUUGAGUUGGCGAGCACGUCGGAGGAGGUGGCGCUCACGCUGGAGCUCGCUGGGAACAUUCAGCGGCUGUGGAUGGACGAGGGCGUGAAGACCUGCUUCGGUCGUGCCAACGAGUACCAGCUCAACGACUCGGCUGCGUACUACCUCAACGACCUGGAGCGGAUCUCGCGACCCGACUACGUGCCAACGCAGCAGGACGUGCUGCGCACGCGCGUCAAGACCACGGGCAUCGUGGAGACGCACUUCACCUUCAAAGACCUCCACUUCAAGAUGUUUGACGUGGGAGGGCAGCGCUCCGAGCGGAAGAAAUGGAUCCACUGCUUCGAGGGCGUCACCGCCAUCAUCUUCUGCGUCGCCAUGAGUGCCUACGACCUGGUCCUGGCCGAGGACGAGGAGAUGAACCGCAUGCAGGAGAGCAUGAAACUCUUCGACAGCAUAUGCAACAACAAGUGGUUCACAGAGACGUCCAUUAUCCUCUUCCUCAACAAGAAGGACAUCUUCGAGGAGAAGAUUGCCCUCUGCCCCAUCACCUCGUGCUUCCCCGAGUACACGGGCCCCAGCACGUACGAGGCGGCCUCGUCCUACAUCCAGAACCGCUUCGAGGACCUCAACAAGCGCAAGGACACCAAGGAGAUCUACUCACACUUCACCUGCGCCACCGACACCAAGAACGUGCAGUUCGUCUUCGACGCCGUCACCGACGUCAUCAUCAAGAACAACCUCAAGGACUGCGGCCUCUUCUAGAGCCGCGAGCGCCCGCCUCCCCACACACCACCCCCUCCGAACCCCGGUUUGCUCGGCGCGUCCGCCCUGCUACCAAGCGGCCGCACGAGCCAAACAAGUCAAGUGACCUUCUACCAGUCUCUACGUGUUUCACAAAACGACCGGUGACCUUGGGCAGCCCUGACCGCAAAACUUCAGGCGCUAAAAUCCUGCAACACUAUCUACUUCUGAUGACCGGUGCCCCCCCACUCCUACUCUCACACGGCAUAUUUAUAGCAUUCGGCCUGUAGAUGAAAGUGUCUGUAAAAUAGCGUGAUGUGACUGAAGCUGGUUCUUGACCAAAUGCCUGGAUCUCUGCGCGAGUGUUUUAUUUUCUCUCUUUCUCUCUCACUCUCUCUCUCUCUCUCGAAGUUUACCGUACUUCUGUGUACUGUCCUUCAACGAAAGUAUAUUAUUUUUUACUGUGGGGAAAGCAGACAGGCUUGAAAAUGAAACAUAAAUAACAUUCGAGUUAAAUUACAAAGUAAAAGCUGCUUACCUAAAAUGCGUUUUAGAGUUUAAUGUGCGUGGCGUGUAGCUGCCUCUGUAGUUCUAGUCUUACCGAUAUUUAGCCUGCUAUGAAUCUUCACCUGUAGCAUUAGUUUGUUGUCAGUAUUGUUAUUUAAUGAAAGUCCCUCGGUUAACGUUUUGCUUGGAUGGAUUUUCCACUCUUGCGUAGAUGCUUGCAGCCGUGCAUGCUAACACCAGUUGUAAGUCACAGUAACAAAAGCAUUCCGGUUUUUUUGCUAGUGAUGAUGACGUGUUCCAAUUCUAAAUAUAAAAGAAAAUCAAAAUCCAAUCUCGCCCGAUGUUUAAUGUUUUUGUUAAAUUUGGAUAAAGCAGACUUUUACAUUUUUGGUACACUUAAAGUGCGGUGUAGAUAGUUUGAUGAUAGGCCUUUGCGAGCAGCCUAGAGUUAGAAAAUCCUACACGAGCCACUUUUGGUUUGGUGUUUUUGUGAAGUUGACAUUGUAAAUACAUCUUGCGGGUUUAGAAAGCCCAUUCAUGACACGUACAGAGCGCGUCCCUUCAUUCAUCCCAAAAGGCUUUGUCGCCUGCAACCACCGCUCGUUCCACUGAAUAUAAAAGGGGUUUAGCCCAACUUUUGACAGAAAACCAGUGUGCUAAAUCAACUCAAAUCAUGAGUACAUUUGAUAUCUGUACCAUUCUUACAGUGCAGGGCUAUCACGAGGGUGCAAUAUUUCAGUUGGGAGCAGCCUGCUGUAGCUGCGCAGUCGGCUGGCGAUGUCGCGAUGCCGUUUCACCAAAAGAAGGAAUUUGCGAGUCCGUCGUCAAAACUUGGACUUUCACGACAGCGGCGACGGCGGCGGUGGCGGAAGUUGUUUUUGAACCGCCUCACGGGAUCUCUAACGCCGUUCUGUGAUGGGCACAGCGCGUGGCAAUCGUGGUAUUAACCAGGGGGGCGGCUGCUGGUCACGAACCGCGAACCUUCGCGACAAGCGGCAGACACCCACUCCUGCUAGGCCAUGCCGAUGUCGACAAAUACAUCCCUAAUCGCUUGAACAUUCUGAGCAUGAUUUCGAUUUAAAACUUUCGUGACUGCAGGGAUUCAUCUUCUUGGUUCUUUCGGUAAAGUCACGUAGAAGGGAAAUAA